UAUAGAGGACACAAAAAUAGUCAUAUUUCCAGGAGAAUCUAAAGAAGUUAACAUGAGUUGUUUGCUUCGCUGUAUCGAAUCACCAACAUGGAAAGGGACACUGAAAUUGCUAAUCAUCCUUAUUGCAAUUUCGCUUCUCUAUCCAACUAUUGUUGAUCAUAUACAGGAGAGAAGCAUGACAACGCACAGUAUCCAGGAUCAAAGCAGUCAUCCUGAGGUGCAGACCGUCAUAGUCGAGAAAGAGAUAUCCUGUCCCAUACCAGCCUUACAGAAUUACAGUCAGUUUUAUGAAGCCGUGACAACUAUCGAGAUGGGAUGCAACAAAACUAAAAUGUUCGGACGAUCGUCAUCUCGCAGGAAAUAUUUGUCUCGACCAAAAAUACAACAUAAGCAGCUCCAACUGCCUCGUCUUCUCCUUCGGCAUCAAUUACGACUUUUCCUUCGAAGACAGUUUGGGAAGAUUUGGGUGUCAGGUAUUCGCGUACGACCCAACGAUGAACAAGAAGGAUUACCAGCGGUCGUCCAGGGUUCGUUUCAUCGCGACUGGGAUCUCGAACUAUCAAGGAAAGAAGGUUGUGGGUAUGGGCAAGCAUUGGGUCAACAGGAAGGUCGACCGAUUCGAGAACCUGGUGAAAGCUGCUGGGAUGGAGGGUAGGCCUAUUGACAUCGUGAAGCUGGAUGUCGAGCUCUCCGAGAUUGACUUCAUGCAAGAUAUGCUCUUCAAUUCCCCCCACGUGCUGAAGAACGUCAAGCAAAUAGCCAUGGAGAUUCAUUCAGAUU